GCGGCGUCUGACUAACCGACGGGGGAGGCUCCGCGCCCGUCCGCAGCGCGCGGCCCGCAUGGCAGCGCGGAGAAGCCCCCCGGGGGCGCGGGAGCGGGAGGGUCCUCGCGCUCCCGCCGCAGGAAGUGACCAAGUUCACUCCUGGAUGCUAGUCACCAGCCAAGCUUUAGGUACCGUGUGGAGAAUAGCAAAGGGGUCAGUGAUGUUGGCAGCUUCAUGUCUGGUGGCCGCCCUCUGCUACUUCAGGAGGAUGCACUGCGAUUUCGGGCACUGGCUGAAAUGGUGGAUUGGAUAUCUGCAGAGAAAAUUCAAAAGGAAUCUGAGCGUGGAGGCAGAGGUUGAUCUGCUCAGUUACUGUGCGAGAGAGUGGAAAGGAGAGACGCCACGUGCCAAGCUGAUGAGGAAGGCUUACGAAGAGCUAUUUUGGCGGCAUCACAUUAAAUGUGUCCGACUAGUAAAAAGAGAUAACUAUGACGCUCUGAGGUCAGUGCUGUUCCAGAUAUUCAGCCAGGGCCUCUCCUUUCCAUCCUGGAUGAAAGAGAAGGACAUUGUUAAGCUUCCUGAAAAGCUGCUCUUUUCACAAGGUUGUAAUUGGAUCCAGCAAUACAGUUUUGGUCCUGAGAAGUAUACAGGUUCCAAUGUGUUUGGAAAAUUACGUAAAUGUGUGGAAUUAUUGAAAACACAGUGGACUGAAUUUAGUGGAAUUAAAGAUUAUCACAAGAGAGGAAGUAUGUGCAACAUCCUUUUUUCUGAUGUUCUUCUGGAAUAUAAACUGUAUGAAGCUUUAAAGUUUAUCAUGCUAUAUCAAGUCACUGAAGUUUAUGAACAAAUGAAGACUAACAAGGUCAUUCCCAGUCUUUUUCAACUCCUGUUUUCCCGGGAAACAUCAUCUGACCCUUUAAGCUUCAUGAUGAAUCACCUGAAUUCUGUGGGCGACACAUGUGGACUAGAGCAGAUCGAUAUGUUUAUUCUUGGGUACUCCCUUGAAAUAAAGAUGAAAGUGUUCAGACUGUUCAAGUUUAACUCCAGAGACUUCGAGGUCUGCUACCCAGACUUGCCACCCAGGGAGUGGCCAGAGAUCUCCCUGCUGACAGAGAAUGACCGCCACUACCACGUUCCCAUCUUUUGAGUCCGGUGUGGACUGGGUACCAGCUCUCGCCGAUGGCAGUGGUCCUACUUUCAAGGAAAGU